AUGCCUAAUGGGAGUCUUGAGUUGUAUUUGUAUUCGCACAACUACUUCCUCGACAUCAAGCAGAGACUAGGCAUAAUGAUAGAUGUGGCAUGUGGUUUGGAAUAUCUUCACCAUGGGUGCUCGUUGCCUGUGAUUCACUGUGAUGUGAAGCCUAGUAACGUCUUGCUGGAUGAAGAUAGGGUUGCCCACCUCAGCGACUUUGGCAUUUCAAAACUGCUUGGUGAAGAUCAGGGUGAUUUGUACACUAAAACCUUAGCAACAUUCGGGUAUAUUGCACCGGAGUAUGGACUGGAAGGACUAGUGUCAACAAAGUGUGACGUCUAUAGUUAUGGGGUCAUGUUGCUGGAAACGUUUACUAAGAGAAAGCCUAAUGAGUUUGAGGGAGAUCUUAGCUUGAAGCAAUGGGUGAGUCAUUCACUUCCAGAUGCCGUCAUGGAGGUCGUAGAUGCCAACUUGUUAACAUCAACUGGUAAUUGCUUAAAUAAGGAGCGAGAUGGUGUGGCAUCAAUCAUGAAAGUUGCAUUAGAUUGUUGUAACGAAUCUCCAACAAGAAGAACCAACAUGAAAGAUGUUGUAAGGAUCCUACAGAAGAUCAAGAUUCAACUUCUAGCAUGUUGA